CUGUUAUUAUUUAAUGAGACUGGUGCAGAGAAGAGGGUCAGGACGCAAAGAUCGCAGACCAUGUAUAGUUUGGAAAACAGUUUACAAUAGCUGAUUUUUAACAAGCUGCCUGCAGACAGAUUUAAAAACACAUGCAAUCGUAAUUAAUGCCCUAAAAAAGCCAGCGCAGGACUCCCCGUCGCCCUGUUUGAGCCUCGCAUCCUGAGCAUUUCCAUUACGCACUCCUGUGCGCUCACAUGCCUUCUGGACGAGCCCUCCUGGCAUUAUGGAGCAGCGCGCAGGAAGAGCCUUGGUGACUCAUGAGGACCACACUGAGGACGGCAAUGAAACACGAGCUUCUGGCAUCUUUAUCACCUUUGGAAAUUAACUUCUUAGGUUACAUAAAUCUAUUAAUAAUCUAAUUAUCAUGGCAAGGAUCGCGUCUUCCUCCCACUACUCCACAGGCGGAGCAGGAGUAUCAAAAAGUUCAAGACUCCCUCCAGUGAAGUCCUUUUAAAUUUCUUCUAGUCUGUAGAUAUUUUUUCCCCCAACAUUGGAGCAUUCCCACCAUGGCCGCUGCACCCUGAGGGGAGAUGGAUUUAGAGGUGAAGGAUGAGAACGGGUCGAGCUGUUUGUCCCGCAACGAGAGUGACCGCGGACUGAGCGCUUCCUCCGCCGGAGUGUCCACUGCGCUGGCCAGCGUGCUGAUCUUCACCAUCGUGGUAGACAUCCUGGGCAAUGUCCUCGUCAUCCUGUCCGUGUACAGGAACAAAAAGCUCAGGAAUGCAGGCAACAUCUUCGUGGUGAGUUUGUCCGUAGCGGACCUGGUGGUUGCGUUGUACCCUUACCCUCUGGUCCUGACAGCCAUCUUCUACGAUGACUGGACCAUGGGUGACCUGCACUGCCAGGCCAGCGGCUUCAUCAUGGGCAUAAGUGUCAUCGGCUCCAUCUUCAACAUCACUGCCAUCGCCAUCAACCGGUACUGCUACAUCUGCCACAGCCUCCACUACGACCGCCUGUACAGCCUGAGGAACACCUGCUGCUACCUGGGGCUCACCUGGCUCCUCACCGCGAUUGCCACGGUGCCCAACUUCUUUGUUGGCUCGCUGCAGUACGACCCCCGCAUCUACUCCUGCACCUUCACCCAGACGGUCAGCUCAUACUACACCAUCUCAGUGGUGAUCAUUCACUUUCUGAUCCCGCUGCUGGUGGUGUCCUACUGCUACAUGAGGAUAUGGGUGCUGGUGAUUCAAGUGAAACAUCGGGUUAAACCGGAGCAAAGGACCAAACUGAAACCUAGUGAUGUGAGGAACUUCCUCACUAUGUUUAUGGUGUUUGUUUUGUUUGCAGUGUGCUGGGCUCCACUUAACCUCAUAGGCCUGGCUGUAGCUAUAAACCCUGUACAAGUUGCACCCAACAUACCUGAGUGGCUCUUUGUCACGAGCUACUUCAUGGCUUACUUCAACAGCUGCCUCAACGCCGUCAUAUAUGGACUACUAAACCAAAACUUCCGUAAAGAAUACAAAACGAUCCUCCUUGCAGUUUGCAUCCCACGUUUGCUCCUCAUGGAGACCUCCAGGUGCGCCACAGAGGGCCUGAAGAGCAAGCCCUCGCCGGCUGCGACGAACAACAAUGUAGCAGAAUUAAAUGUAUAGACUUGAUGUUUUGCCUGGAUUAAGUUUCUGUGGAGCGUCAUUGCGGAUGUGUGCCAUGAUUCACCCAGUGCCUUUUUGUAGGUUGUGUUUCAUUUACCAGUUGUAAAGAUUUAAUCGUGUUUGGAGAGGACACUGCUGUCAUCGUAUUCCUUUCAGCCAUGCCAGACACUGUUCCCUCAUGUCGAGAGGGAAACAAUCAACCUAAUUGUCGGUGCAUUACGAUCUGUUUUGACACGACACUCUUGACAAACUGGUUAACAAGCAAGAAAAAAAGUCCAGGUAACUAGUAAGUAUUCACCAAAAUACAUUUGGACAGUGAGUCAAUACAGAAUAGCUUAUUAUUUGGAUGGGAGUCUUCACUUCUCAGGCAACAUCCUAGCAUGUGUAUGUCAUAUGCACGAGAUCGGCUCACUGCAUCUUUUGCACAGAACGAUUUUGAGUGUGUCAGCGACCUCGUGAAAAGAAAAUAAAUGUAUUUUUUAUUCCCACUGUGUACUCGCACUU